AUUAUGGAGAAUACAAAUAAAAUGAGUACUCAGUUUAUGCCACAAAAUCAUAAGAAAAUGGGAAUAGACCUCAAAUCCUUCCAUACUGAAGAGCAUGAAGCUUUAGAUACCGCCCAAAGAAACUCGUGAAGUACUCCUCAGAACACUAUCAAGCCUCCAAAGUUAUCCCUAGCCGGGCCAGAAGGGACCCAGAUCAAGCGAGGCUCUAAAGGUAGGAACAGCUUGUUAAAAGUUGUACUGCUGAAGAACACUUUUAGUAGUCUCUCGAAGAAGACUUGUUCUGCGAAUUUGAAGUUGGCUAAUAAGAUUAGGAAGAAGAGCACUAUUGAGCUGAUAAGUAUGCAGAAGAAUUGAUUUGAUAAGUUGCAGAUUAGGAAGUUGAAGAAGAGUAGUGCGGAACUUGGAGAGGAGAAAGUGCCUCAGAAACUGGAGGUGAAGGAGUCAACUUCCUCUGUGAGUUCGAUACAGAGUGAUGUGAAGCCUGUUAUGAGAAAGGGAGCUAGUAGUGUAAAGAAUAUGGUGAGAAGAGACAACCUUAAGAAGGUAAUGGGACUUAGAAGCUUUGGAGCAAAGGUUAACAGACCUCCAAGUGUCCCUAAAAUGAAUCAGAAGUCUCAGAGCUAUCUAUCUCCACUUUCAAUCAAGAUGACACCCCAAGUUAGAGAAGUUAGCUCUGCUAGCUCUGCUUUUAACUUGAGAAUUACUAAAAAUAAGACCCAUAAGAGAGACUUCACCUCAAAAGCUUUGGAGAAGAAAUCACCUGAACUGACAAAACAAAAGUUUCUUAACCUCGCUCGGACGAGAAAGUUAAGUUACGAUAGUCCUGAGCUGAAGAGGAAGUCUUUUGUGACUCGGCUUCAUGUCCAGAAAUUGCCACCUAUUUAUCCAAGCAAGGCGAGAGGGUUUCCACAGAGACUCUAGGAAGUUCUUGGAAGAGUUAACUAAGCCUUAGUACUUUAAUAACUU